AUGAAUAAGUUUAAUCAAAAUUUUGAAAAUUAUAAUAGUUUUAAUGGAUAUAUUACCAAAAUAGAAAAAUUAGAAUAUGGUGAAAUGCUUAACACAGAUAUGCAAAUUUUUGAAAUUAAUAAUUCUAAUAUUAAUAGUGAAGAGAAUAUAAAAAUCAAAGAUUCUAUAGUAGAGGUAGAAGAUACAAGUUCAAAAACUUCUACUAGAUAUUCUGCAGAUACAAGUACAUCAAGCAUACAGGAACAUCUAUAUAGAUAUGGAUUAUUAAAAAAAAAGAAAUACAAAUCACAUUCUGAAAAAGAACAAAUAGAACAAUUAAUUCUUUUAAUUAAAUGGAUUAUUCAAAUAGAUGAGCCUUCAUUUCGUGAAUUAUUAAAUAAACUUGAUCCACUAUUUAAAAUUCCAAAGCAACAAUCAAUUCAAAAUAAAAUUUUGAAUACAUUUAUAAAACAACGUUAUAAACUUAAUAUAAUAAUUAGAUCUUAUAUGGGAACAGCAAUUUGUAACUUUAUAAUGUUAAUUUUGAAUGAAUUUAACUUAACUCAAAAAGCUGCUACUAUUACAAGUGAUAAUAAAGCAAAUGUAGUUAAAGCAUAUCAUCUAAUAAAAGCAAAACUUGAUUCUGAUGAGUUUAUGCAUUAUCGUUGUAUUUGUCAUAUACUUAAUCUUGUAGUAGGAAAAGACUUGAAACGAUUUCAUUUAGUAGAUAAAAAGGAAUUUCUUCGACCAAUUCUUGAUAUUAAAACUCACUAA